CCUCCGCCACGCUCCUCUCUCUCCCUCCCUCUGUGCCCUCUCUCGCCUGCUUUUACCAUCCGGUUGUUGCGGCGGCGGCGGCGAUGGCGGCGGAGGACGUGGAGUUCGUGGACUACGAGCGGGGCGAGGACGAGGACGACGAGGGGAUGGAGGACGAGGAGGACGGGGAGGUCUCGGCCCGCGCGCUCCCCGUGCCCCGCAUCGCCGUCGCCCCCUCCGUGCCGCGCACCGGCAGGGGGCGCUUUGUCGGCCGCAGCCGCUCCGUCAUGGCCUCCACCCGCGACCGCUUCGACUCCAUCCCCUUCGCCGGCAGCUCCGCGCACGGCGGCCCGCAGCGCUCAAUUGAAGGAUGGAUACUACUUGUCUCCGGAGUCAAAGAAGAUGCAGAAGAAAGUGAUUUGUAUGAUGCUUUUGCUGAGUUUGGUGAGGUCAAGGACUUGCAUUUCAAUCUGGAACGUCGCACUGGAUAUGGCAAGGGAUAUGCAUUGAUUGAAUAUGGAUGUUUUGAGGAAGCACAAACUGCAAUCAGAAGAAUGAAUGGGACAGAGCUGUUAACAAAGACUAUCCAUGUUGAUUGGGCAUUCAACAGAGGUCCUAUACAGAAGGCCACGAGUACAGGACCAGCACAGCGACGGUCUAGGACUCCGCCUCGCAGGCUUGCUGCCAUGACAUACUGAGAGGGCGCUGCUAGGCCUGCAAUCUCGGACCAGUAUUGGUCAGUGUUUUUUGGUACUGCUUGUCAGGGAUAUUUGAUAUGUCAUAGAUUUUAGUCGUAACCAGUUGUCUUACGGCAGUAAGCGGUAACCGAACAAUGAGCCGAGUAUGGUCCAGAAACUGAGUCCUGAUUCUGCCAUCCUUGCUACGCCUGUAGUGAGCUUGUUCAGUGGAUUUGCUCCCAAACUUUACUUUGAUAUUUUGAAUCCAUGAUGCAAAUUGUUUUGUCUUUUUGAA